AUGGGAGACGAUCCGGGAAGGCUGUAUCGUUUGGAUGGAGUCGCUCACAUCGCUGGGGUGAUCAACGACGAGCCCCGGCGCUGCAUAUCGAGUAUGCAGCGGCAGCAGGGAAUGCGACUGGAUGAGCGGUACGUUCCGUACUUGCAGAUGGCCGGAUUAUACCAUCUUGCGAGACUGAACGACAGAUGGUUCCGAUUAGACGAGCCACUUGUGAGUGCAUUCGUCGAGCGGUGGCGUCCAGAGACGCACACUUUCCAUAUGCCGUUCGGAGAGUGCACGAUCCCACUUCAGGACGUGGCGUACCAGUUGGGGUUGCCAGUGGACGGACAUUACGUCAGUGGUUGCCUGACGGAUUUCCAUGUAUACAUACAAGGUAGUCGGUCAACUUGGCAGUGGUUCCAGGAGUUGCUCGGUGUGUUACCCCUCCUCCCCGAGCCAAAUUCAAAAGUUCGCAGUGAACUGCAGCUGCUUUUUGCCGAUAAGUCCGGCAAUCGUAUUCACAUCAGAUGGCUAUCGUACGUGGCUAGGCUUGAGGAUAUGGGUGGCUACAGUUGGGGGUUGGCCGCGCUUGCAUGGCUAUACCGGUAUUUCGGCCUGAUGGGUUUGAUACGUUUAGCUGGCCCCUGGCAUCCAGGUUACAAUCCUGGGGUUAGCGAGAAGGGACCUCGGGUUCAGAUGACCCGGCUGAGGAUUGACAUGUUACAGCCUAGGGAUUUUAUCUGGAUGCCAUAUAGCAGACCAGAGGUCGUUCAGGUGGUCCAUCCGGAGGUGUUCGAGCCUCGUCAUACGGCUUUAUGGCAUUCCGUUAUCUCGCUGAUAUAUUUUGCCGUGGUUGAGUGGCACCAGGUUGAUCGGGUGUUACCACAGUUUGGAGGAGUACAGGCUUGCCCCCGUCCUGCCCUGAACAUCGACUUCUUGAUGUCGAAGGAUGGUAGAGGAGGUGAUCGUUGGUUUCUGUCCCAGUUACACCACUGGCAUCUUCACUAG